AUGUCCUUAGCAGUCCCCAUAGGCUGCAUCAUUCUCGCGGGAUUCGUCAAGUUUGCCUAUGACUACAUUCUGUAUCCCUUGCUGUACAGUCCGUUAGCCCGUAUUCCAGGCCCAAAACUCUACGCGUUCACCAAGUGGCGGCUUGCAUGGGACGAAGGAACGGGCAGCGGACACGCACUAUUCACGCACUGCAUCUGCGGUACGGACCGGUUCACUUCAACUCCCCUUUCGGCGCUGCGCACCAUCUACGGCGCCGGAAGCGGGUUUGAGCGCACCGACUUCUAUCGCAUGUUCGACGUCUAUGGCAGGAUGAACAUGAAGCGAUUGGUUGCUCGUCCGUAUUCGAAGAGCGGACUCUCGCUGCACAAGGUCGAUGGGAUUGUGGAGCAAAAGACACAGGACUUUCUGCAGCUGGUGGAAGCAAACUGCGAGACUGGCGGCGGAUUGGAAAUCUUCGCAGCACUGCAUUACUACUCGAUCCAUGUCAUAACCGCCUUCUUGUAUGGCACCCCCGGAUUUGGCGCUACUACGGCGCUGAGAGGAACACCUGAGCAUCUGGCGCUCCUGGCAGACAUCAUGACAACGUACACUGGCAUUCGGGCGCAUGCACUAAGAGCCAUGCAUGCAUACCGCGACGCCGAUCAGACCUCACGCUCAGAAGCGCAGAAAUCAAUCAUCAGCGAGCUUUAUGCAGCAACGUCCAAGGCCAAGAGCAACAUGGAUGACCUGGACAUUGCCAGUGAGUGCGCCGACCAUCUCCUCGCCGGCAUCGACACAACAAGUGACACACUCAUGUUCCUCAUUUGGUGUCUCUCUCUCCCGCAGCAUGCUCAUGUGCAACGGAAGCUUGUCGAAGAAUGCAAGACGACCUGCGACAACGGCACCAGCGAAGGUACCAUCAGCGUAAAGACGGCGGACAAGAUGCCGUACUUGAAUGCCGUUGUCCAGGAAACCCUGCGUCUUCUCGCGCCGCUGCCAGCAUCCGAGCCAAGGCUCAACCGAGUGGAUACAGCAAUGGACGGCUACAAGAUACCCCGAGGAACCAUGUGCAGCAUAGCGCCCUACACGCUGCCAUGGGAACGAGCGCUGCUAGUGCCGUCGCUGUACCGCAAGUUUGGUUCCACCAUCAAUCCGGGGUAUCAAGAUACUGCCCCAGCUAUCACAUCUAGAUUUAAAGUCUUCACUGACGACACGUUUGCGAAGAUAAAGGAACACGAGUGCUGGAUCGAAUUUGCGCCUCACGCACUGCACACGUAG